CAGCUGAUAUGUGACAUCCUCCCCCCCGCAGACUGCUGAAUCAGACUGCCAGGGCUGUAGCCCACCUCCUCAUUUUAACAUUUGGAGGCUAAGGUUGAUCAUCCACCUUCCAGGAUGUUAGACAACGAGGAGUACAUGUUGGACUCUUCCCCGCGGGAGCUCACCCAGAACCCGCUCAGGAAGAUCUGGAUGCCGGCGUGCAGAAACGGGCACAUAGCUCAGAGACGGGUGUGCAUGACAAACUGCCCAACUCUCAUAGUGACUGUUGGACUUCCAGCCCGGGGGAAGACUUACAUUUCAAAGAAGCUCACACGCUACUUGAACUGGAUAGGUGUGCCAACCAAAGAGUUCAAUGUUGGCCAGUACCGGAGGGAGUGUCUGAAGAUCUACAAGUCCUUCGAGUUUUUCCGUCCAGAUAAUGAAGAGGGUUUAAAAAUCAGACGUCAGUGUGCAUUGGCGGCACUCAAUGAUGUUCGGCAGUACCUCAGUGUCGAAGGAGGACAGGUGGCGGUUUUUGAUGCCACAAAUACAACAAGAGAAAGAAGAUCGACCAUCGUGAAGUUUGCUGAGCAGAAUGGCUUCAAGGUCUUUUUUGUGGAGUCUGUGUGUGAGGACGCAGAUGUCAUUUCACAAAAUAUCGUGCAAGUUAAGCUGGGCAGCCCAGACUACAUCCACUGCAACACAGAGGAGGCCAUUGAGGACUUCAUGAAGAGGAUCAAAUGUUAUGAGUCCUCCUACCAGACUCUGGACGAGGUUCUGGACAGGGAUCUGUCCUACAUAAAAAUCAUGGACGUGGGCCGUCGUUACCUGGUGAACCGCGUUCUCGACCACAUCCAGAGCCGAAUCGUAUACUACUUGAUGAACAUUCACAUUACACCACGCUCCAUCUACCUGUGUCGCCACGGUGAGAGUGACCUCAACAUCAAGGGACGGAUCGGAGGAGACUCUGGCCUGUCUGCCAGAGGAAAAGAGUUUGCCAAACGUCUGGGGAAAUUCAUCCAGGACCAGAACAUCACAGAUCUGAAAGUCUGGACCAGCCAGAUGAAGAGAACGAUCCAGACAGCCGAGUGCCUCAGUGUGCCGUAUGAACAGUGGAAGUCUCUCAACGAAAUCGAUGCUGGUGUGUGUGAGGAAAUGAUGUAUGAGGAGAUCCAAGAGCAUUACCCUCUGGAGUUUGCACUGAGAGACCAAGACAAGUACCGCUACCGCUAUCCAAAAGGAGAGUCUUAUGAAGAUCUAGUGCAGCGACUGGAGCCUGUGAUGAUGGAGCUGGAGAGACAGGAGAACGUUCUGGUCAUUUGUCACCAGGCCGUCAUGCGCUGUUUCCUUGCAUAUUUCCUGGACAAGACUGCAGAAGAGUUGCCUUAUCUCAAGUGCCCUUUGCACACAGUGUUGAAGUUGACCCCCAUGGCUUAUGGAUGUAAAGUGGAGUCUGUCUAUUUAGGCGUGGAUUCUGUGAACACACACAGAGACAGACCAGAGGUAGGUAUCCCUGGCAGCACACAGAAAUGUCUCCCAGCAGACGACGUAGACAACUCACCUCACUGCGCUUUACCUCCAACUCAUCUGUGACUCAGUCGGGAAGAUGUCUGGCAGUAAACAUUUUACCUGUCAAAGCUCUGUGAGACUGUCUCUGUUGAUUUCUGUGGAGUUUUCCAUCUUAUUUAGUCUUGUUUACCAUCUGAAGCAGGCCCAGCAGUCAGUGCUGAUCCCUCUUGUCUUAUCGCACAGAAAAUGUAAAUGUGUGACACACGGCAGAUUGUCAAUGUUCAGUCUUUGUCCACCUGUGAUCCCUGACAACAACCAAGAUAUCACCUCCUACCUCCAUGCUGUUAGGAGUCAAAUUGUACUUUUUCCAUUGGGAACGGAAUCAUGCUGUUUUUUUCUCUCAGGUCUUUUUCUAUGGUGGCCCAGAGAGCUCAACACACUGCAGCUUAAGAAAACACAUGCAGAGACUAAAGAAAAGAAAACGUAGUCAUAAAAUUAACACAAAUACAGAAAACACUACAAAAUAAAGAAAUGCAGCAAGUAACAGCAAACAUAUGAAAUAAAAUCAGAAUUAUAGAGUAUUUUUUAUUUGUAGAAACAAACGGUAAAAGGAAAGCUUUUAAAAAUAAGUCAAGAACACAAAAUUGUAAAUGGAAAGAAUAGAAAACUUAGACAGCAAUUAAAUGAGGGAAUUCUAAGAAAACAGUGAACAUGUUUGAAAUGGAAGAAGAUUACACUUACUAAAGCCUUACCUUCUCCACUUCUAACUAAGUCACCAUUAGUAUAAAAAUAUUAUCAUUUCAUGCCAACAGGAUAACAGAAAAUAUUUGCUUGUUUCAUUAAAUUGCAUUGAGUUGAGCCUGCAGGAGCAUUGUAUUUCCCUCAGUUUUACAACCAGGACAAAUCACUCCGCUGUGUAUGUGUGUUUGUACUUGUAUGCCUUAUAUUUGUAAGGACCAACUUUUCUUGUCGUUGUAGGACGUUUUUUAGGGCAGCAUUGAGACUCCGCUUUGGAGUUAAUCUUAGAAUUAGGUUCAAGUUAAGUUUAGGGCAAGAGGAUAGAGAAUACAUCAGUGGUGCUCCUCACAAGUAUAUAAGUACAAGUGUGUGUGUGUGUGUGUGUGUGUGUGUGUGUGUGUGUGUGUGUGUGUGUGUGUGUGUGUGUGUGUGUAAAAAUGAUAGUGAAUAAAUGAGAACAUUAAGUGAAACACAUUUCAGAAUAUUAUUUUGUAAAUCUGUCUUUAAAUACUAUGAAUUUUCCAACAUUGGGCAUCUUUUAAUAAUAAAUGUGACCAUGAUUGUGUUUUGUGUUAACAUAAAGCUGUUUACAUGUUUAAUAUGUAACCUUGCUGUUUGUUUUUUUGUUAUAUACAAGUGACACGUGACAAAUACAUUUCACCUCAACAUACAACAUAAACUGACAAACAUGAUCAUUUUGUUUUAUUUUAAGAUAACUUUGUCUCUGUUAACAUGUUUACUGUUUUGAAUGUGAAGACUUAAUCUGCGAUACUGACCCAAAACAACCUUCUAAACUUUAAUCACUAGAACUCCACUUGACUCAAGAUGUACAACUACGAAAUAAUAACUAAUAGUGUUCAUCUGUCCGUGGGUAACGCACAUGCUUAGAUCAUCAUUUAAUAAAAUGUAACUUUUUUUCUA